CACAUAGCAGAGCGAAGUUUCGGACAGCGCGACCACCUUUUCGUCGAGGUCCGCUGCGAAGGCCACCCUUCUCGAGGAGUACGUCCUCCAGCAGAGGGCCACCAACGAGCUCUACUGGAACAACCCGGAGCGAGCUGAGGACAACCUCGAGACGAGAUGGCCUUCGCUGCGCGUCAAGCCACGGGCCGACUACUUCGAGACGCGGAACACGCUGCUCAUCUCGCCCAGCCUGGUCUCGUUCCUGUCGGCGAUGAUGGUCGGCCUCGAUCCCCUCGUCGUGCCCGUGCUCGGCGCCGACGUGGUCCGAGCCCUGCUGAACGCCGUGGUCAGCAGUCAGCGGUUGGGGGAUGCCGGAGCCACUGGCCCGAAGGCCACUGCAGAGCUCACUCACCACUUGACUCGAAGCAGAGAGGACGCGACGCGCUGCCUGGCUGAGCAGUAUGCCAACCUGACGGGUGACCGCAAGGCGUGGCCCCGUUUGCGCGACGAGCUCUUCUUCGACUCGGCUGUCGUGGAGCCCCUGUUCGAUCUCUACAGGGUGUACCUCGCGAAGUACCCUGAGCUGCGUGAUGGCCCGAACAUUCCGGAGCUGCCGGGCAAGAACUCGUUCGAACUGUUCUUCGUCAACUAUGCUGUGGCCCACUGCGAGCACGCACCGCGAUCGGUGGACGUGGCAGCUUCGACCGAUGGAGAGAGGGCGCUGUCGUCGGCCGCGCGACUCAACGUGGCUCUCAUGAACUCCAGGGCUUUUGCGGCCGUCUUCCACUGCAAGGAAGACGAUUUAAUGAACCCACGCAGCAGAUGCGAAGUCUGGUAAAAAAGGAGUGAUGCAGGCGGCCUGGAAAACGAGGCUUGCACAGACGACCUCACGGCGACGUCACCCUGCAGCAGAGCUCUCUCGCGGCUACUCAUGCGCAAGCGGCACUUUUUUUUAUUUUCAUUUUCUUUUCUUC